AUGGUCGAAUCCUUUCCCAAUGUGGAGACCCUGGCCUUGGCCUGCGCCGAACUCGAGAGCUUAAACGGGAAGGGUUACUUCUCGCUGACUCAAGAGCUGAGCUAUCUAACGAACCUCAAGCACUUGGACAUUUCCUACGUCCCGGUGGACAAGAGCGACGAGAGCCUAGCGACCAAUUUGAACUUGAAGACUCUCAUCUCGAUUCAAGAAACCGGCCCUUACGGGAACAGACCAACGCGCGUCAGACCUCAUCACAGGGACGCCAUGACCGCCAAAUACAUCUUCGCUCAGGGUGGCCUCGAUGAUCAGAGCCUGGUCUCGUCUGUGACCAAUCCGGCUUGCUUUGACCUCGCCGGCCGCACGCUUUUGCAUCGCGCCGCGGAUGACCCCAAGCGCAUUGCACAGCUGCGACAGUUGGUGGACGAAUCGGGCCACGUCGACGCGCCGCUUGCUGCCGGAUUGGACAAUGCUGUUGGCGUCACGGACAUGUACAAUCGGUUCAUCCACAGCGCCAAGCGCAGGGUAAGCGAUCGGUUGGGCGGGUUGAGCUUCCCGUCGCCCGUCUCGUCCGAGAGACGCAAUCAGGCGACAGCCAUGCAAACCAGACCCAUGCUGCUCACACCUCAGGCCGAAGCCCCCGGGUCGACCGCACUUCACAUAGCGUGCACGAAUGACAACCACGAGGCGGUGGCGUACCUGCUGGCCAAGGGCGCUGACGUGAACGCUAUGAAUGACAUAGGGCAAACCCCGUUGAUGUUGGCGUGUCACUACGGCAACCUGCUGGCGGUUUCGGCAUUGGUUGCCACCGGGCGCGUCCUCAUCAACCUCCAGGACAAUCAGCUCUUCGAACUUCUCUUUGGUGCGGGCGCCAACGUCAACCAGCCCAACUACAAUGGAUUCUCGGCGCUUCACUUGGCCUGCAUGGCCCGCAACCCUGCUCUCGUGGUCUACCUGCUCUCGCGCGGCGCCUCGGUGAGUGUGGGGAUCAGCCCGCUUUUCUGCCUGGCUGGCGAUGGCGAGCUCUCGGUUUUCGCCACCCAGUCACGGGAUGUCGGCGUCUUGGUCGACGUUCUUGUCGACGCUGGCUGCCCGGUCAACGCGGUCAACGAGACGGGCAAAACGUUGCUGCACGUGGCCUGCCAGGACCGCGACGCAGACUUGGCCGAGGCCCUGCUGCGCCAUGCCGACGUCGACGUAAACUUGGCCGAUGCUGUCGGAUGGGCAGAGCGUUCGCUCCGUCUUCGAUGCCGUCCCGCCGCGCCGCCCUCGCCGCCGCGACCGGGCCUCGCAUCCAUGCUUCUCAGUCGACAGGCCAACGUCAAUGCCACCGCCACUGACCCCCGACCAGAAGAGGACAAGAAGGAGAAAAGCAAGGUUGUCUCCUUCAUGCGCAAGCUCAUCAAAUCAGGCGCGGACGUCAACGCCAAGGACGCUCGAGGGUGGACCGCCCUGCACGCAGUGUGCGCUUCGAGCCACCUCGAAGCCGUUGGUUUGCUGUUGGCCCAUGGCGCCAACGUCAAUGCCCGCGAUUUCAAGUACUCGCACGCUCAGCUCCUCGGCCCUAACAACUCGGAGUUUGAAGUGCGAGCACCGGCGAUAGUGGGACGGUCCGGACCAAUCCAGAGGCGGGAACAACCACCUGCGAGUGAGGCCGACUCGUGGACCAUUUGCAAGUUGCUCCUCGGCCACGGUGCUCAGUUCGAUGUUGUCGAUGAAGUCGAGGGCGAGACUGCGCUGCACUUGUUGACGCGCGCCGGCACCGGACCACAAAACGGUCUGCUGGCCUGGGCUGUCGUGCAGCUCAAGGACCACGGGGUCUUCCACCUGCGAAAUGCCAAGGGCGAGACUCUGCUGCACAGUGCGAUUGCUUGCAACAACUCCAAGCUGGUGUCGAUUCUCUUGCAGCACGGCGCCGACAAGAGCCUCAGGUCCCACCUGGGCGAAACUGCGCUCCACACGGCACUGCGCCUGCGCCUUCAGAGUGCGACGCGUAUUCGAAGUCUGUCCGAACAGCCCGCCGAGUCCUGCGAUUCGGCCCUCUGGCCCACCUCGGCCCAGAUCUCGCCGCACCAAGCCUAUUGGCCCACCAGCGAGGUCAGCGAGCAGAACAUCGUGGCCCUCGUGGCUCGCGGGCUGACCGAAGAAGAGUGCACUGCGAGGGACUGCUUCGGCCUCACCGCGCUCCACUGGGCCGUCGCUUUGGGUGCCCUGCCCCUGCCCCACUUCCUCUUCCUGUCCCACGCCGCCGCGUGGCUCGGAGCGAAUGCCCCGAGGGCAACGCAGGACAAGAGCCUGUCGCGCCUUGCGGUCCUGUCGCUCUUUAUCGUGAACCACAUCCUGACUCACUUCAAGGACCGAGUGAUGGAUGCAGUGGAUGAGCGUGGCGACACGGCGCUACACAGGCUGGCCGAAAUGCGGCGGAUCACUACUCUCAUGGCUGUUUCUUCUCAGGCCAGUUUGAUCGUAAGAGCUCAGAUGCCGACAUCGACGACGUCUUCCUGCGGGAGGCCUUCGGGGAGCUCACUUCGGCGGCGUCGCAGAUCGAGCAACGCCUCUUUUCGCGGGAGGGCACGACGACGAUCGAGGAGGAGCCGCUCCACAAGCGGCGGACCUCCCCCGCAGCAGCAGCAGCUGUUGUGGAGCUCUUGA